UAGGAGUGGAAGGUUCCAGAGCGUCCGUUGCACAGCAGUGGGACGGGGAAGCCCCUUCCUAGCAAGGCCUCGUCCUAGGUACCCUGAAUCGAAGAUCCGAACCCCAUUGUCACCCUCUGCCCUAUCCCUGCCCUUCUCAGGCUCCUGGGACCUAGACUGAGCAGCAACAUGCAGCCCUCGGGUCUUGAGGGUCCCCGCGCGCUCGGCCUGCGGCCUCUGGGGAACUGGCUGUUGUUGCUGGAGGUGCUUCUCCUAGUUCCGUCUCUGUGGGUAACCUGCACCCAGACCACUUCGAACUCCUCCAGCGUUUCGACCACCCCAGGCACUUCCAAUGCCUCCACCAUGCCAGGCACAACCAGUGACCCUCACCUUCGAGAGCAAGCACGGGCCCUGAUGCGCGACUUCCCGGUUGUAGACGGCCAUAACGACCUGCCUCUGCUCCUGAGAGAUCUUUUCCAGAACAAGCUGCAGGAUGUGAAUCUACACAAUUUCACCCGUGGCCAGACCAGCCUGGAUAGGCUCAGAGACGGCCUUGUAGGUGCCCAGUUCUGGUCAGCCUAUAUCCCGUGCCAAACCCAGGACAGGGAUGCUGUGCGUUUAGCCCUGGAGCAGAUUGAUCUCAUUCGACGCAUGUGUGCUGCUUACCCUGAGCUGGAGCUUGUGACCUCAGCUGAAGGUCUGAAUACCACUCAGAAGCUGGCGUGCCUCAUUGGUGUUGAGGGCGGCCACUCGCUGGAUACCAGCCUUGCUGUGUUGCGCAGUUUCUACGAGCUAGGAGUGCGCUACCUGACACUCACCCUCACCUGCAGCACGCCAUGGGCAGAGAGUGCCACGAAAUUCAGACACCAUUUCUACACCAACAUCAGUGGGUUGACAAGCUUUGGUGAGAAAGUAGUAGAAGAAAUGAACCGCCUGGGCAUGAUGAUAGACUUGUCCCAUGCCUCAGACGCCUUAGUGAAGCGGACCCUGGAGGUAUCCCGAGCUCCUGUCAUCUUCUCCCACUCAGCAGCUAGAGCUGUGUGUGACAAUCUGCUGAAUGUUCCUGAUGACAUUCUGCAGCUUCUGAAAAAGAACGGUGGCAUUGUGAUGGUGACCCUGUCCAUGGGGGUGCUACAGUGCAGUCUGUUUGCUAAUGUGUCCACUGUGGCAGAUCAUUUUGACCACAUCAGGACAGUCAUCGGCUCUGAGUUCAUUGGGAUUGGUGGGAACUAUGAUGGGUCCGGAAGGUUCCCUCAGGGGCUGGAGGAUGUGUCUACGUACCCAGUGCUCAUAGAGGAGCUGCUGAGACGGGGCUGGAGUGAACAGGAGCUGCAAGGUGUCCUUCGAGGGAACCUGCUGAGGGUCCUCAGACAAGUGGAAAAGGUGAGAGAGGAAAGCAGUGAGCAGAGCCCGGUGGAGGUCAAGUUCCCAGACAGGCAGUUGAGCAGUACCUGCCACUCCCACCUCAUACCUCAGGCUCAGGACAAACAGCAGGACACGCACCUGAAGGUGACCAAGCGGCCAACUAAUCAGGUCCUCCGGAGGGCCUCAAACUCACCCCCAUGCCCCAUUCCAGGCCUCAUGGCUGCUGUCACCUCCCUAGCCCUCAUCCUUUCGCUUUGGUGAUCUGGCCACAGUGUGACAAAAUCCACAAAGUUCCCCUCCUCAUUGCCCAACCAAGCUUAU